AAUAAAACCCUAAUGCAGAGGGCUGCAGGAGGCACGCGCCCGGGCCGGCGCAGGGGGCUCCAGCUCUCCCCGGGCCCCUCCCCUUUUUCUUUUUGUUUGCAUGCAAGUCUCGGCCUCGAGGCCGGCGGCCGCGGGGCCGAGCUGGUGCAGCGCGGGCGGCUUUUGCAGAGCUUCGAGGGGUGGGGAAAAUUGCUCUCCCCACACGGAACCCGGUUAAAGCCACAAGCAGCAGUACAAGUACACGCUGCACCCUCUCGGUCUCAUUCCUCUCUAUAACCCGUAAAACGCGAUGCGGCUUUGUGGGGGCCGGGACUGGGGCUGGGGAGCCGCCCUCGCCGGAUGGGCUGGAAGAAUCCGGGGCCGGGCCGGGGAAGGAGGAGGUUCGCAAGGACCGGGGAUCUGGGCCGGGAGGGAUGCGCCGCGGGCGCCGCGCUGGUUGCGGAGCGAGGCCCCCAGCCGCGCCGGCUGCCGCUUCCUUCCUGCCUCGGGGAAGAGGAGGAGCGGCCAGGAGUCGAGCACUGGCGGCUUCGGAGCUCGCCUUCAGGUGCGGGCGCCGCUGACCGGUUCCGCGGGCUCCCGCUCGGCGCGGUCCUGCUCAGCCCAGAAACCGGAAAGUUCAUGCUUCUCGCUUCAACUUUUCGGGCCCGCGCCACAGCGAGGAGCGAGCGCCGCUACACCAGGCAAGGGGCCGGGUGGGCGCUCUUCGGGCCCGUUUCCUUGAGGGUCGGCGGCAGCCUUUCCACGACCCCGGAUGAAUCUGCCUUUGGAGAACCCACUUUUGACCCUAACCCUUGCCCGAAGCCCAGCAUCUUCUGUCUCUCCUCCCCCACGCUGGCUCUGUUUAGGGACAUGAACUCUCCAAACAAAGUAAAAAUUCCCCCACCCGUGAGGUUUGCGUACCCCCCUCCUGAUGCGCGCCCCUUCCCUCCCACCUCCAUGCUGUGUGAGCAGCAGGUGCCAUGUGGGUGAGACUUCCAAGGCAACUGGAGGCUUUGUGCCCCUGACCGCCCAAAACUUGCCAAGGUGGGUGUCAGGGCCCAUCAGGGUUAUUAUCCCCUGAGAAAUGAAGGGAAAUAAAAUAAUUGGGAAUUAUUUCAUAGUAGAUUAGCACUUCAUAGUUUGCAAUGGUUUUUCUCCCCCCCAGAGAUUAGCCAUUUAGCAUAACUGUGGGAUAUGCAUUAUUAGCAUCAUGGUAAAAAACAGAGCACCUGUGGCUCAGAGAGGUUAGAUUACUUGUUCAAGAUCACACAGCUUUUGAGUGACAGAGCUUGGACCAGACAUCCUGCUUCUGUUCACAAAUCCAGCGCUCUUUCUACUCUAUGUAGUCAUCAUAAAAUGAAGAAGAAUCUAAGGAAACCCUGCUUCCUUAGAUGCAGUCGGUCUUAAAGCCUUGCCUGCUUUCUUUUUUUCUAACAAUGUGUAAAGACAUGAUGGUGAAAAUAUUGGGUGUUGUGUAGGGCGUACACUGACUUUGGUAUGUACUAUUUGGCACUGUGCACUCGGGACCCCGUAGGUGCCCGUGGCUUGUGUGGGGAUAAUGGAACAUUUGUAUCCUGCUUACAGAGUACAAAGCACUUUCACAUGUCAGCCAUUGGUGGGCCAGCUUGGCCCCUCUGGAAAUUUCCUUUGCAAUCAGAGUCUGGGCAUCUUUAAGGCUUUUAAUCCAGGGGAUGUUUUUCAAGCUGUGAGCUUGCAGCUGCUGUGGCUGGGCUAGGGAAGGGGAUUGGAUGGCAGAUGUGACGCUUGCAGGAAGCUGACCCCUUGGGGCUUUAAGUGGGAUAUUUUGCAAAAAGGAACACCAGAGAGAGAGAGAGAGAGAGCGCGCGCGCGUGAAAUUUAGCAAGGCAGCAUUAUUGGACUUGGUUUCCCUGAGGUUGACCUGUUAUCAUUAUGUAAUAAUAACAUGUAGUUCUCCUAGACACGGGUUGAAUUGGUUUUAAUAGAGACAAAUGGACUCAGAUACCUACUGCCCUGACUACCUGAGAUCUGCCAAGAUGACUGAGGUGAUGAUGAACACCCCAUCCAUGGAGGAGAUUGGCCUCAACCCCCGAAAGGAUGGCCUUUCCUAUCAGAUCUUCCCCGACCCGUCGGACUUUGACCGCUCCUGCAAAGUGAAGGACCGCCUGCCCUCCAUCGUGGUAGAGCCCACGGAGGGCGAGGUGGAGAGCGGGGAGCUCCGGUGGCCCCCCGAGGAGUUCGUGGUCCAGGAGGACGAGCAGGACAACUGUGAAGACACAGAGAAAGACAACAAGGAGCAAUAGAGUCCUCGCCGCCUCCCUGGGGGCCAUACCAGACGGCAUCUGUCCCUGAACUGUGUUCUUUCCCAUGGAAGAAGGGAGUGAGCCACAGCAGUUCUGAAAAUGUCAAAUGAUGGCUUCCGUUUUGCACCUGCAAAUCACUGAGUUGGUUUUCUUUUCUUUCCUUUUCUUUUUUUGAGAUGCUGGGCAGUGGAGCCCUCUGCGACAAUUUGCAAGGCCUUCUGAGAAAGGAAGCUGCGUAGAGCAGGGCUGGGGGGGUGGGGUGCGGGGAAGUGGUGCAUCUUUGAGAUCGGUAUCUGAACCCGGAGCAGGCUAGAGGCAGCAGUGGGAUUCCAGUGCGCUCCGGGGGUGGGGGGAGGGAUGGGGUAUGUGCACCGCGAGCGAGGAACAUUUGGGGUAAGAGAGCAAACAGGAGAGGAAGAGAAAAUACACGUUUGAAAGAAAGCAUCCAGCAGAGGAGUGCAGCCAGGAAGUUCCCCGCCAGCAGCACUGGGGCAUCAGAAAACAACGUGUUCAUCUCUCUCUCUCUCUCUCUCUCUCCAGUUCUGCCCACCACCAGCCUUUGCUUUUAUUUUGGCUGUGUUGGUCUGUUAACGGGAGGCAGAAAAGAAAAGCAGUAGAAACCGGCUGCCUGCAAAGCCGGCUGGAGGUGAGGCGUGGGCAGAAAGGACUCCCGGCUCCUCCUCCACCCUCGCUCCAACCGUGGCAUGGCCGGCUCACAUACCCGCUGUAAUCUGGAAGUUUCUUAAGAGGCAGCGCUCUUGAGCUUUUCUCUUUUGCGCACGCCCCUCCCCCCCACUGCCGGCCCAGCCCUUUGGGACUAGAGGGAGCAAGUCCCACCCUUGUGGAAGGACCGGGGUGGACUCUUGGACGCGAAGGUCCCUGCCCCCUGCUCCCCCAGGCCUGCUCCGUUCUGAGAGAGGCACAGAGCUGCGGGACCAGGCCGGCCCUCCUUCUCCUUGACACCCACCCCUCCCCAGCCCCUGGGCAUAGCAGUCAGGCAGAGGUGGUUCCCAAUCUCCGCCAGCCUGACCAGCAGAGGUACCCACUCCCAUGUGGGCUCCUGACCUGUUUUUUUUUUUUUUUUUUUUUUUUUUUUUUUUUUUUUGGUGGGAGCGAGUGGAGAGCAGGAGAGGCUCCUUCUGUUUCCUGUUGGGGAGAUGAACUUGAAUGGAGAUUCCAAAUCUGAGACUUAGCCGACAGGGGUAACAGGGCUCUCUUGCAGCAGUUUGAAACUGAAGGUGUCAUGAGAUCCCUGGCUUGUCCUCGCGAUGUUCCGGAUGCCAGUGGGUGAAUGGCAUGGUGAUGAUGAUGAGGGAGCACUAGGCAUUGGCCCUCAUCCCUCCCACCUCUCCCCUGUCCCCUGCAAGGGCACAGUUGUGCGAGAAAGCUAGCCUUGGACUUAGAGCUUCUUAUGGUUAAGAACCAUCUGGAGCAGCAGGCUGCAGGGCACACUCUUCAAACCUCCUGUAGCUCACAGCAUGAGUGUGCAGCCAAGAGGUGAGCUUGAAAUCCUCCUGGAGGCCAAACUGGGCCAGCAGAGGCACCCUGCAGCUCUCCAGUGGGUCUGGGUGGACCGCAGUUUGGGACUUGUAUAUAGAGCUGUAUUUAAUACCUCAAGGCUAGUGUGGUUCCGGGGAGCGGGUGCAGGGGGUUGAGGGUGUGCGGUUAACACCUCAGCAGGAUUCGGUUCUGGGAAGCCGACGCCCAGCCCCCAGCCCCCGCCCCCCGCGCCCUGCCCCCUGUGUUGUCUGCUUGUGUCACACACACCGAUGGCAAUAACUUCUUCCAGCUCCUCGGGAAUGGGCGAGGCCUGCAGCCCGCACUGCCAGGGCAUCCCUCAUGCUCCCACUGGUCCUGUUCUGGCUGCAGAGAGUCCUCCCUCCCUCAUCCCGCACCUGCCUCCCUUUGUGGAUGGGGCCUUGCCUUUUAAAAUCCUGUGUUUCUGUGUCCCUUUCAUCUGCUCCUUUCUCUCAUCUGUCCUGGUCUUGCCGUGUGCUAGGAACGUGCUUGUAAACUGCAUAACAAAUCUACUUUGUGUAUAUGUGUGUUUAUGGGGGUGUCUUAUUAUUUUGCUGGUCGCUAGAUACCUUUGUACGACCAUUUGGAGUCUGAGCAGACCAGGGGCUGACAACUAAAGUCAGGGCCUGCCGCGGCGAGCCUGUUGGAGGGACCCAGCCACUCUUAGAUAAGUGGCUGAGCUCCUAUCUGGCCUCCUGUUGUUUUGUUUUUUGGUUUUUGGUUUUUUUUUUUUUUUUUUUGUUAAGUAACUUGUGUGUAUUUCUAACUGAUCGUAUUAAAAAAAAAAACCCUAGUAUUUCAGUAAAAAUGCCUGUUGUAAGAUGAACCUCCUGUAACUUCUAUCUGUUCUUUUUUGAGGCUCAGGGAGAAACUAGCAUUUUUUUUUUUUCCAAACUACUUUUUGUCACUGUGACAGUUGUAAAUAAAGUUUGAAAAUGCUUUCCA